GCCAGCGAGAGCGAAACAGCGAUGAUGAGGAGUGGGAUUACUAUCGUACCUGUUGUGAAGUCACCACCGUCUUCGGGUCUUCGCGAUGAGUUGUCACAAAUAUAUUCGCCGCGUUCGUCCGUUCGUCACGCGUUUCAGGUAGAAAAUUGUGGGCUGGAAUCGAAAUGUCCACUAUCGCGUUGUACUGCCACAUCGCUGCGCCCUUCUGCCGAUCCGUUUUGCUACUCGCGAAGGCACUUGGAAUCGAGGUAAACCUUAUAAAGCUGGACGUUUUAAGUGGAGAGCAGUUCAAACCAAAAUUUCUCGAGCUGAACCCACAACACUGCGUUCCCACCCUAGUCGAUGGUGAUGUUGUGGUGUGGGAAUCAAAUGCGAUUUUGAUAUAUUUGGCCGAGAAGUAUGGCACCGAAGAACGAUCAUAUUACCCGAAGGACAUAGCUGAGCGUGCCCAAGUGAAUCGGCUGUUGUUCUUCCAGCUGGGCACGCUCCACCGCGCUCUAUCAACCUACUACUUUCCAAUUUUGGCGGGAAUCGGCGAAGGAAAACCGGAAGACUUCCGGAAAGUACUGGAUGCCGUCAGCGUUCUGGAUAAGUUCCUCGAUGGCAACAAAUGGUUGGCGGGAGAUAAGCUAUCGGUGGCGGAUUUCAGCACCGUUAUCACGGUGGCGUCGCUCGAUGGUAUUGACAUUUUCGACUUGACGCGUUUUCAACACAUUUCCCGAUGGUACCAACAGUGCAAGGACGAGUUCAUUGGCUUCAAAGAACUCACCAUGGAAGCCGUAGAAAAAUCGAAAGAGUGUAUCGAGGCGCUGCGGCAACUGAAGAGAAACGAGUUUCAACAAGCGAAUAAACCGAGCUGCAGCAGUGAAGGAAGCAAUGAACGUAAAAGUAAUGAUAGCAAUAAACCAAACAGUUUGAGCUAACAAAUGAUUCGAAAGGCUGUUCAUUGUUCAUUGUUCAAAUAUGGAGCAAAUCCACACAAAACGGAUCCGAUCAUGAAUCUACCCUCUCUGAUAAAAACGUAUACAAAAAAGUGACCUAUUGUUUUGAAAAUUAUAUUUUGAAUGUUUGUCUGAUUGAAAUGUGAUGUUCUAUCAAAUAACGGGCAUUUCAAUAGGGACGCUACAAAAGUAGACCGAUAGGAACAGCAAACAACGCCAUUUUUUUCCCGCUCUCUUGACGUUUCUCUUUCAGUAAGGUUUGCCAUUUCAUAAUGGAGAGAUAUACGAUCCAACAACGAGUCGAGAUUAUUAAAAUGUUAAUAAGGGGGAAGCAAUGUAACCACACCAAUACAAUUCAAUGUGGUUGUUUUUUUUUUCACUAUUGCAUACAAUUCGUACGGCCACAUCUCCGCAUCCAAUGACACCACGGCCUAACUCUUCAUUUCUAUUCGCGUUGACGGCAUUGAGCUUCGCUUAAAGGCCCAUUUAUACGUUGCUAGUAGCUGGCUUCACAAUGAGCAGCUACUGACCCGGUGAACUCGCUUGACAAAUGGUUGACUCGCCUUGUCCGUUCACACAAUGUGAGCUGCUGGCAAGAAACUAGAUACUACGGCACGGGUUUACCAGAGAUGCCAGACGAUUUUUCAAAUGUUCAUCAAAUAGUCAGAAACAGCAAUCAGGUCCGAAUUUGUCAGAUGAGGAAAAUGAAAAUGAUAGUAGAUUUGCAGAAGGAACAAAUACGCCUCGAAAACUAAAAUAAUGAAGGAAAAUCUACUUUUUUAUAUCGAUUAUGUAUUCUGUUUCUUAGAACAAUACUUUUUUUUGCAAGUUGUGAGUGAAUUCUGAAUGAAAAUUGUGCCCGAUAAUGAUUUUAUAUUCAGAUUCCCAAUAAAGUUAUCUCAAAAAGAAAA